AUGCAAUUAAAUAUUAUCAUUUGUAAUAUCCAUAAAUGGACUGAAGAUUUCAAAAUUUUCAUUGAAAAUUUUUAUUUUGCGACUUUUGAUCUAGCCAAUGACGUAAUUUUGUGUCACUUUAUAAUUAGCAGAUUGAUCACAGGUAGUGCUAAAGGUAAUACAUAA